AUGAUCCAAUUCACUCCUUUAAAUGCCGACGCUGUUCCUUCGCAGGCCCAGAUACUGGUGGAUCCUCUCGAGGCACCGUUCCGGGAAUGCGAAAAAGAAUAUAAUUUAGCACUUCGUCGCGAUCAUGACAGUGCAAAAGAGACUUAUAAACGACUUCUUAAACACGAAUUAAUGAAGAAUCCACUGUAUCAGGCAGAUAACAAUGGUAUUCCAUUAGCACAGCGAAUAACUAGAUUAAAAUAUUGUAUUUUAAGAAAUUAUGGUGAGAUAUGGGAGAAAGAGCACGAGAUGCAAAAGACCAGAAUGGAUGCUCAAAAUGCGAUUGAAUAUUAUAAUAGAGCGCUACAAAUAGAUCCAAGCGAUCAUAACAUCAGAUUAAAGAUUGGCAAGCUUACUAUGUCUGAAGAAAUUAAUGAUCGUGAAGCUGCUCUAAGUGCUUUUAAAAAGAUUCUUGAAGAUAUUGACAUAAUACCAUCAUUUGCAAACUCUGAAACAUCAUGCUCUAUGUUCAAAGUUUUCACACCUAGUCAUAAAGACGCUUUAGAAGAGUAUUGUCGCCUUUUAUACGAUUUUGGUGAAUUUCAAAAUUGUCUGAACGCAAUAGAUAAAGGUUUGGUCUUCGAUCCAUAUAAUCAGGUGUUAAAUCAAUUGAGAAGCCAACUCUUGAAAGACACUUGGGUUAGGUUUUUAUUACCAAGGAAUUAUUACGAAAUUUCCCCUCCCUUAAGAUAUUCAGCUCUAUUAGAAACUGUACCAAGGCGAAUUAAACCAUCAGGCCAAUUCAUUUCUACUACUGUUGCAUCUCAUAACGUUCAUUUACAGCAUGCUACAUGGACAGGAUUGGGAGAGUUAUUGUUAGAUACCUAUGACGGAAUGACGAGCGGUCGGAUUAAAUUGGAAAGUGAUACUCAUAUUUCUGUAACUAGUAGACGUAUUAUAAUUGAUUGGGAAAUCACAAAACCAUCAACAACAAUUGAUAUAAAUGGUACUGCUCAGAAACGGAAGAGGAAGGAUGUGCAACUCGAUAGCAUUAGUGAUAAAUCAAUAAACUUAAGAGUUAAUCGAAAAGUCUCAAAGAUAACAGACGAGAUUAAUACUUUUAAUGUUCAACGCAGUAAAUCUGCUUCGGCGUUCACAGAGAAAAUAGAAUCAAUUAUUACAAAAUUAGAUCCGGAUUUCUGGCCUAAUGAUCAAUCAUCAAAUAUUGAUGAUCAAAUAGACAAGUUUUUAAAAUAUUUCACAAAGUCAUGGACCUUUCACAUUUCUCGUGAAGACCAUGGAGAUAUGAUAGAACAAGCAAUUAAUACGUCAAGGCCGAAAGCAACCUCAGAUCCACGUUUUUACCGGUUUACACCCAAUACAAAUCCUUAUAUUCCUUCUUCAUAUUUUAUCGAUUCUCCGGAAGCACAUUCAAUGUUAAUUGCAUUUAUUGAAAAGAUGAAUGAUAUAAAUUCAGGAAUAUUGGAUUGUUUAUGUAUGUACGUUAUGCAUUUGUUCGGACAUUUUGUACGUUCCGAUGAUGGAACACCUAAAGCCUUAUGGCUUUACCGUUGGCCCGAUAGUUUGAAAGAAGUUAUGAGAACGAUUCUUUCUAGAAUUGAUCGUCGCUUGUUAGAAAUGAUUGAAAAUUCUUGUACCAGUUGGGAUGAAAAAGGCGACUUAGUUGAGAUAAUGAUGAAUAAUAGCGAGGAUAACAUUUUUACACAGAUGAAGCAAAAGUCUGAAAUCAUUAUGGGUAUCUGUGAAUUCUUGUCAGAUUCACAAAUAACUAGUACUCGGACUAAUUCACAUACUGGUCAACAAAACUCUAGCGAUAUUCAAGAAAUUCCUAUGACAUUGCAGUCUACAUUAGAUAUAUGUAAAAAGAGUCUUGUGUAUUCAUAUUGGAAUAUGCAGGACUUUGUGAACAAUGCAGGCCUUCGUGCGCUAGAGUCUGGGGUUGGUGACGAAUGGAAUCGGCAUUACAACAUGUGGAAAAAUUGGUCAUCUCAAUUGAAUGCACGGUUAUGGUGGUGUAUCGCUCGGAUGGAAUUAUGGAAAGGAGAAUUAGAUGAGUCUAUUGCGUCUUUCGAACAGUGUAAACAAUAUUACACUUUUGGUGAACAUAAAGAAGACAUCGUUAUAGUAAACUGUGGCUUUGAUUCAAAUAUAAAUAUCUCGACUAUAAAUUAUAAAAUAUGUAUAUUAGAAUCUAGCAGAGAUGAGUCACAAAGUGAAUGGACACGCACUGUUUCGCAUUUCACUGACUCUAUAAAAUUUUUGCAAAAUGCCGUGUCGGAUGUUAUCAGUCAAGAUAGGGUCAUCCAUUUUUGGGCUACUAUUCAUUCGACAAACGAAUCGCUCACCGAAGUGAUUAGAUGUCUCUCAAUUAACAAUAAAUUCGCUGACUUGUCGCCGAAUGAUCAAAAAACCUUCAAACGAUGCCUUCACAUAUUGUACUCAACGGCUCUUGAAAUUCUUUUUCCUCGCAGCAAGGAGUUGGAAAGAGCGACUGCAGAAAUCAGUGAACCAUUAAACGACAUGCCAAAUUCGUUAGCAGAUGACUUUGCUGAAUACCUUGAGGCAGUGCAUGACCAGCUCGGAGUACGUCAUAUAUGUGGAAUUGAUAAUGGCAUAUUUCUGAAAUUCGUCCUCAAAACGCUUACUGAAUUACACCCAUCGGAGUAUAGGCAACAUGAAUAUCAAUGCUGUCAUUGUCUAUAUAGAGUUUCUUUAAGUGUUGACACGACUCCACCGAAAAAUCAUAACACACCCACUGUUGACCUUGACCAUGAAACUGCCGAGCUAUUAUUCCGAGAGAUACGAAAUUAUCUAAAUCAAAAAUCAGACAAGAUGUACAAAGCAUGGGCGAUCAAAAAUGAUGUCAAAGACACAUUAGACAAAAUAGCGAACAUGUUUCCUCCUCCACGCGAUGAUCGUUUUUCUAAAUGUAGCUGGAAAACUCGACAUUUCCUUGAAGACGACAUAAAUUUUUACGAGGCAGUUCAAUACAAAGAACAUAAUCAUGAUGUCAAAGAACUUGGUUCUGUCUCCAGUCGAGAUUCUGAGAGGGCACUCUCAGACUUGUAUUAUUUUAGAGGCAAGAUUCUGUUAAAUCAGUUUAAGACACGAUCAAAGGCUAAUGUAAACAAGGCAGUUGAUAUGUUAGAAAAGGCGAUUGAACAAUUUACAUUUGAUCUUCGAAAUAAUCCAUUACGAUUUGCUUCAUGGUAUGCAUUGGGUACUUGCUAUGCAAAUUUGGCUGAUGAAAACCUUACAUGGAGUGCUGCAGAGAUUAACUAUAAUCGGGCUGAAAUUGCCAAAUGUCAAAAGAAAUCGUUUCAAUGUUUUGCGAGAGCCUCCAAAGUAGUACAUUGGUUUUCAAACCAACAAUUAACUUCACCAAUCGAAGAAAUCCAGUUUUGGCGAGAUUAUGGCUAUCAGGUGUAUGCAAUGAUGUCGGAACCAAUGUCAAUGGAAGCAUUUUCACUAAGUCCUUCUCAUGCAGAAACUUGGCGCAAGCCCGAUGAUACACAAGCAUGUCAAUUUGCUGCUUAUUGCUUUGGCAAGGCACUGGAACUUGAAUCCCAAUUAUUGAAACAAAGUGAUAUUACGAAUAUUACUCCAGAAUAUACACCGAAUGAUACACCCAACGGGACCGAGCACAACACACCAUAUGGAACACCUGCUGAAACUCCAACUAAUUCUUCAGUUUCAUCUGCAAAUGGUUCUGCAACUGUAACACCUAUUGUCAGGGAUUGGAGAAUACCUUACAUGGUCGGUAAAUGUUACCAACGACUUCGGAAGAAUCCCGAGGUGGUAAUACAACUAUACAAACUAGCAGUAUCACGAACACCAGAGAGGUCAGGUAUUGCUGGUCAGGAGAAAAUUUUGGAUGCUGAAUACAAGUUGACAUCUUCACUGGCAAAAUAUUUAAUAACUAAUAAGAUUAAACCAUCGUUUGUUGAACAAUCUAUUGGCCUUACUGAUGAUGAUAUGGCACCGAUAGAUUAUACAAACGAGGGCUCUGUUUUUAAUAUACAAAAACCAGAGUAUCAGAGAGCAUAUCAUCUUAUAUGUACUAAAUUGGAAAAUAUAAGAAAAGCAGAUAAAAACAAGUGGCACCAUCGUCCAGUAUUCAGGCAUGCAUGGUUAAUUAAUCAUGUUGAACAAAAACCAGAAGAGGCAAAAGCAUUACUACAGAAUCUCUUCCAGUUAAAAGCAUCAUCUAAUAAAUCUGUAAUGAAUGUAUGGAAGCCAGAAUUUGAAAGAGCAGGCAGGCAUUUUGUUUAUGUACAUGAGUAUAUAUUAUUUCUUAUUGAAUUAGCAAGAUCGACUAGAGAUGUUGCCACGCUGAAAACAAUGGAUACUAAACUAUCAAAGGCAGUAAAUAUACUACUUAAAGAGAGUAUAAUUCGAGCAUGUAUGGCGAAUGCUUUUCAAUACAUAGAACAAACGCGUAGUUUAACAGUAAUGGACAAUAACGAUCAAGACGAUGUAGAAAAUUUAGAACGGUAUGAGCCACUUCUGAUUAUUGAACAUACUGAACAAUCAAAUGUUAUGUCAGUAGCUGCUCUCAUAACGCAAGAUGAUGACGAUUCCCCAAUGCAAUCGGGGAUUUUACAAAAAACGGACA